AUGAAUCGACUCUCGCUGUCGCUAGUGAACACGGAUUUCGAGAUUGAUUCUCCCCGAAAAUCGCGCGUGUUCGAUCCGUUGAUGGUGAAACACAUGGACACGAUGCCAACAGGGAUUUUGGAGGAUAUCGGGGAGAUCGAUGAGGAUGUGAGGGGAUUAGAUCUGGAUUCGGAACUCCCCUUAACGGAUAUGGACGAAGACGAGAAACUGAGCCAGUUUACCGACGAAGAACACGAUCAGUCGAAGCGAUUGCGACGUGUGGGUCGAUUUGGAAAAGAGUCUAUUGUGAAAGAUAGUCAGAAAGACUUGUUGGAUGCGGUGUCCAAUGGAAGCCUCGACCGCAUCGUGGAAAUCUCGAACGAAAUGGUGUCGAAGUUCAAGUCGGACCUUCAGCUGGUUCAUAAGAUGGAUUUGGAGCAGCAGUUCUCCACCAUUCGCAAGAUGAUGGUGAUUAACAACACCUAUGUCCAUUGCGCAGGUCUGCGUCUCAUGAAAUAUCUCUGUGUGAACAAAGAAAUCACGGAGCGCAUGCUCAAAUACAAGCUCAACAUUUUCAUCAUAAUGUCGCUUGAGCGCUCCGACAAGCUUCACUACGAACGCGAAAUCGCUCUCGCGCUCGUCACGCACCUCAUCCACAAGUUCACAGAGCUCAUUCCUCGAUCGAUUAUCCUCUCCAUUCUCUGUAUCGCCAACGACAAAACCGACUCGCUUCGCACCGCCUGCCUCAAGCUCGUGCUCACUCUCCUCAUCCACGUUCCCCAGCGCGUGAUCUUCUGCGAUGGCGUGCAAGUUCUUCUGAAUGGUUGUGUGGAGACGCUCAACUACUCCUUACUGCAGUCUUCGAUCCUCGCGUGUCUUUAUUAUCUGAACAUCCCAUACUUCCGACAGAAGAAAACCAUUCUGGAUCUCCAAAUCAUCAUCGAUCCGCUCCUCAUCGAAUCCAAAUCAGUCGCAGAGGACAAGCAAGACGAGCUCCAAACCUCUCGAUACAUUUGCAAUGUCGCUCUCCUCACGAUUCUCCGAACCUGGACUGGCAUUUUCAUCUUCAGCGGCGAUCUUAGCGGGUUGAAUUCCUAUAUCAAUAUCCUUAAUACGCACGGAGAAGAAGAGCCAGAGAUCGCGAAGGAGAUGCUCUCGGUGUUAUUCACAGUGAUCGGUGUGCCCACACCGAAUUAUCUCGAAGAGGAAGGCCGGAUCUCGCAGAACAAUAUUUAUUGGAACAAUUGCUCGAUGUUCAUUUCGUCGAUUUCGAGUGAGCGAUGCUUGAAUAGCAUUCCCCAAACCAAUCUCCUCGCCACCUAUCUCUCUUUCAUUGUGUGGAUCUUGGUCAACAGCAAGCUACCCGAAAUCCUAUCCAAUUUGAUGGUGGUCAGCAACCCGGAAGUUUCCUUCCUCUGCAAGAGUCUGCUUCGCAAUUUGAUUCAUUUAUCGUCUGUGUUCGCGUGUAUGAGCGAUGUGACGACCGUGAAAACAGUGCAGCAGUCCACUCUCAGUUUCCAGAAUGCGGAUAAAGAUUCGGAGGAGGAGUUGAAGUGGAAGGCUCGAUCGCGUGAGUGUUUUGCGGAUAUUGGAUCGACCAGCACCUAUCUGUAUCCGAUUCAGGAGAGCGAGACCUUCAUUACGUCCUCGCUGACCGAUAUUUUCUCGGAGUUCUCGCUGUUUCAUUGCGUGCUGGACUGCAUUUGCGAUGUUUCGAACAAGUCGAAUUCGUUCAACAUCAUCGAUUUCGUCUGCAAUCAGGGCAUUCCCUUCCAGCAAUUCGUUUCGAGUUCGUACGAGCAAGUGAAUUGCAAUCCGGACUAUUUCAACAAUCUCGUCAAACAAUUAGAAAAAGACAUGCUGAAGCCCUAUUGCGCUUGGAACUGGUCUCUUCUGCAGGAUUGUCUCAUCAUCGCCGUCUCCAAUCCCAAAUGCACCAUCAAGCUCAGUCCCUUACUGCCUCGUCUCAAUGCCGUUUUUUCAGAGUGGAGCAGUGACGAAUGUCUCAUCAACCAACCCAUCAACUCGCAAUCUGCUUUCUAUGCGACCUGCAUCGCGCUGUGGUUCGCUCUGCUCAUCGUUUCGGAGAGUUCGCAGUUCGGGCAGCUUCGCAAAGGCCGUUUUUUCCGCAUGUUUGUCGACCAGUUCAUCGCGCAGCUGGAAGACUUCAAGAAGCACCACCACAGCGGACUUUUCUUCCCGAACAGCCUCAAACACACCAACGUAUCUCUCUCUCUCUCGCCUCUCAUCCAGGCGUACUUCUACGCGAUCAUCUGCAUUCGGCUGUGGUAUUCGAAUCGAAUGAACACGCUCGUGCCGCACGAUAGUCUCUGGGCUGUGAUCGAGAAGAUCGCCAGGCAGGAGAACUACAGUAACUCCAACCUGCUGCUGCUUUGGCUGCUCAUCGACACGAUCGAUAUCGCUCACGAAGGAACCAAAGCCAGAGAGCACUUCGCGCUCUUCCUCCAGAACGGAAACCAAACCAUGAAACUGGCGUGUUUGUCGCGGUUAAAGAGCGUGCUGAAGGAGCAGAAGGACGAGCGAACCUUCCUCGAAUGGGCGUUUCCUCGUCUGGUUUCGCAGAUCAGCGUUGAUUCCAAGGUGACCGAAAUGGUCACCGACAUUCUCUACCAGAACACCAAGAAGCCGCUCAAUUUGAACAUCGUGGUGAAGCACUUCGUGAGCAACCCGCAUCUGGUUCCGCCUCUCACGCGACUGGACAGUGCGCGCGGUUUGAUCUACCGCAUUAUGUCCACCAACGAGGGAUUUGCGCUGUUUAAGAACAACUCCAAUUACCUCGAUCAGGAGUUCAAGGAUUUCGUGGCGAACAUCUACAACUACACUUCGGAUCUAGAGGACGGACUGGCCAUCCGAAUCAUUCAGCCGCCCGACACAAUUCUCGACCAGACCGUUGUCCUCGAAAACUCCACGCUCCAAGUCAAGCCGCUCAAGAUUCAGCCGCCCACCCACAUCGUAUUCAGCUACUUAAAAGACGGCGACCGUCGCCUGGAGUGGCUGAAGCACAUUCCAUGGCGCAUCGAGAUCGAAAUCGAAUCGCAGGACAGCACGCGUGUGUACGAUGUUUAUACGGACGUCGAUAUCACCGCCUCCUCCCCCGAAAACCCCUUCUAUAACCGCGAUGAGAUCUCCAUUCGCGGAGUGAUCCUCGAUCCUGACAAUCACGAGCCGCGUUCCAUUCGAGUUCCGUCGAAAUCGACGGUUCGAGCCCAUCUUUAUAUCGGAGCCGAUGUGAUCGUGCAGAAUCCCUAUUGCUGUGGCAUCCGAACGUCCACGGAUCGAAUCAACCCCAUCACGUCGUUCGAUGUUUUCAAGCAGACAGCGCAGAAGAACGAGCGCGAUGAGAGGCGCGAGAUUUCGAACGAGGGACAUUCAGAUCCGAUUCGGAUCGUGAGCGAUUGGAUGGAUGAGCGGAUUAUCGACUACAAACUGCACAAUGGGUGUGUGGAUGUGUUCAGCGCUGCCUAUGACGAGAUCGUGUCGCAGCUCAAAAUGUUCAACAGCAGCGAGAAGACCAACGCAGCCUUCCGCUAUGCGGUGAAGGGUCGUUCUCUCCCCCUCCUCUCAUCGCUAGACAGUCCUUGCGUCUGGAACUUCGUUACCUCCGAGAGCGAUUUCAAGGCGUCCGACAUUGCCAUGGGUCGUCCGCUCAAUCUCGACAGUGUCAACAUCAUUCUCGACCUCAUUCCUCACAAACCCGCUCCUUUCACGGUCCCUCCGCACAUAUUCGGCGCCUUAUUCCCCACCGAGGAAGGCCGCAAGUUCCUCAGCAGCCACAUCAUAUUCAUCAGUCUCGCCAACAUCUUGCUCACCGUCACUCCCACCGGCGACGAUCUCAAGGACCGCACCGCCGCGCUCUGGUGCCUCGCCCACAUCGCCGUCCAGCCCCACGGCUGCGCGUUCAUCCAAGAAAAGGCCAGUCUCAACUUCGUAGAGAGCGUGAUCCGCAUGGCCGAAAUGGAUCCGUUUCUCUCUUUCCGAGGCAGCUGCAUCCUCGUUUUAUCCUUCCUCGCUCGCAAUCCCGAGCUCCACCCGCUCAUCCACAAAGCCAACUGGGUCUGCGGAGCGGCCAAUCAAAACACGAUCUGUCUCCCCCGCGAUUAUGAGCACUUCUUUAGCAAUAUCGUGAGUCCCGACGACUGGGCAUUGCCCUAUUGCAGCCACUUCCUACCCACCAAAUCCACUCAUAAGCACAGGAAGAGCUCGGUUGGAAUGCCCUCCAUCACCAGCCCCAUUCCGCGUCGCUCGGUUUCCAAUUGGUACGCAGACGCAGGAAACACACUUUUCACAGAGAACUCCAUCGCUUCCUCGCUGGGAAGUCGAUUCACACACACCUCGGGAGCCAAUUCGUUGGAUUCGCAUGGAGUUUCCAAUUAUCAUAUGAAUAUCGAUGACAACACACAUCAUUACUCACGAUCACAAAGUUGUCCCUCGGAUAUUGUGAUUGGCGAUAUCUCGCAGCAUAAGGAUAUCAUUGACCUUACACAGAAGAUCGCCCUUCUCAAUUCCACCGUGUAUAGUUACAACGCCCAUUUACAGAUCGAGGACAUGAAACGCAAGAAGCCUGCACUCUUCAGAAGUCCCUUGUGUCUUCUGUGCAUUCACCACAUGUUUUCGAUCUCUCUAUUCCCGAGAGGCUGUCGGAAGUUUGUGUUCCAGCUGUUCGAUGACAUAAAAUGGGAUGACGAAAAUUGGCGGGAAUUUGAUGGCGUUUCGGAACCUGUACCCAUGCAGACCGAGGAGUCCGAGAGAGAAAGUUCAUCGGAAAAUGGAGAGGAGGAAGUGGAGGCUGUGCCCAUGCAGGAUAUGUUUUCCGAUUACGAAGGAUUGAAAGUGGGAUUACCAUCUUCACACUCUUCCUCCGCUUUGCGUUCUUCCGCUCUCUCUGGAUCGCUUGGAGGUGGUAUACACAGUUUUGUGAGGUCGGUUUCCCAUUCGCCGUUUCCUAGCAGCAUUCUUAGUGAUAAGUAG